CGGUGGGGACGCAAGGCGGUGCGGACGCAUGGCCGGCGCAGGGUCACCAAGCGGGGUUCCUGGGGGGCCGGGCCCCGGCGAGCCCGAGGAGGCCUGCGGCUGGCGCUGCCCGGAACACAGCGACCGAGUGGUCGAGCUCUUCUGUCGCCGUUGCCGCCUCUGCGUGUGCGCGCUUUGCCCGGUGCUGGGCACGCACCGAGGCCACCCGAUCGGCCUGGCGCUGGAGGAGGCGGUGCAUGUGCAGAGACUUGCCAGAGAAUGUUUAAAGCAGUUGGCAACCAAGAAGGAGCAGGAAGUUGGCAACAUAACCCAAAUAGAAGACACUGCAGAGAAGCUCAAGGCUCAUGCAGAGACAAGUAAAACUUGGUUGACAGGGAAAUUCACUGAACUCAGAUUACUACUUGAUGAAGAGGAAGCGUUGGCCAAGAAAUUCAUUGAUAAAAACAUGCAGCUUGCCCUCCAAGGGUACAGGAAGCAAGCUGAGUCUUGUGGAGAUCAAAUUGACAUCAUAAAUGAUCUGUCCAACAGGAUCUGGAACAUCACUCAGGAGCGCAAUCCUGUACUGCAGCUGCAGGCGUACACGGCCACCGAGCAGGAGAUGCAGCAGCAGAGGUGCCUCAGGGAGCUGUGCCACCCCGUGCCCCUCUCCUUCGAGCCCGUCAAGAGCUUCUUUCAGGGCCUCCUGGAAGCCAUGCUGAGUACGGUACAGACACCACUGGACGUUCGCCUUAAAGAAAACAUGAACUGCCAGCUCUCAGGCUUCAGCACCAAGCCGGGUGCCCUGUUGAAAAUCAGUCCCUCCCCAGAGCGAUCGCUCUUCUUAAAACAUGCGCGCACGCCCACGCUGGAGCCGGACACGAUGCACUGUCGCCUGCGCCUCUCCGCCGACCGCCUGACGGUGCGCUGCGCCCUUCUGGGCCGCUUGGGCCCGGCGCCCGAGCUGCGGUUCGAUGCGCUGUUGCAGGUACUGGCCCGCGAUUGCUUCGCCGCCGGCCGCCACUACUGGGAAGUGGACGUGCAGGAGGCAGGCGCCGGCUGGUGGGUAGGCGCGGCCUACGCCUCCCUGCGGCGCCGCGGGUCCUCCGCCGCCGCCCGCCUGGGCUGCAACCGCCAGUCCUGGUGCCUCAAGCGGUACGACCUCGAGUACUGGGCCUUUCACGACGGCCAGCGCAGCCGCCUGCAUCCCCGCGACGACCCCGACCGGCUCGGCAUCUUCCUGGACUACGAGGCUGGCAUCCUCUCCUUCUACGACGUGACAGGCGGCAUGACCCACCUGCACACCUUCCGUGCCACCUUCCAAGAGCCGCUGUACCCGGCCCUGCGGCUUUGGGAAGGCGCUAUCAGCAUCACUCGCCUGCCUUAAAGGCCAAGGCCGAGGUGACCGCCCCAGCCCUCUCCUCUCACCUGGACUUAACCUCAAGCAAAGUGAUCAGUCUACUGACUGCCUACUUACUAAGUCCCUCUCUUCCCCCAUCCCUCCCCCACCUGUCAUGCGCAGUGUUUUGACCGGUUUGACUUUCAAACAUGUCCUAAACAUACGCCUGUUGCUGCUCUCUCACCAGAUCCCCCCCCACACACACACACACAGCACCACCACAUUGACACCUUCAGGGUCACUAACACUGCAGUCCAGGGUCCUGGGAUAACACACCCACGAGUGAGCCCUAAGCAUCCAGACCUUGUCUGAAUACAUUGCAAUCAGCCAGAGAACCUCCUCCACCUAACAGCACAUGAACCUGGCACAAAAUAAGUACACAGUAAAUACCUGUGAAUGACUGAGUAGCCCAGCCCUGGCUUUUCUAUCCCUUACAGUCCCUUGGAUCUGCCUCCUCUCCACCUUCAGCUUGUCCAUAUCACCUCCGUCCAGAGCAGCUUCAAGAGCUUCUUACUUCCUGGUCUGAACCCUCUUCUAUCUUCAACUUCCACUCUAAAACCAGAGUGAUCUGCCUAAAACCUAAAUUAACCUCUUAAGAGGCUCCCAGGGACUACAUGGGGAAAUAAAAACAAGCACUUUACCUUAGCCUUCAAGGCUUUUCUGGUCAGCCCCUGGCUACUUGUCCUCAUCUAGCUCCUAUUGUUCUUUCAGAGACCCUCCGGUCAGAACUGUCACCAUGCCUGACCUCAUUGCACAUAUGGGGAGACUAAGGUCCUGAAAGGAAACGAGAGCUGCUUAAAGUUACCCUGGGUGAUUUAGGGCUAGCCAGGCCUGCAGCCCAGACCCGUGCCCCACUAACCAGCUCCCAGGCAAGUGUCUGUCCUGUCCUCUGGCCCAGCUUUUGUCCCAGCUUUCAAGCUGGGAGAUUUUACCUGCUUAUUCACUUCUCAGGGGAAGGAAUCAACAGGGACUGUUGCUAAGCAACUGCUACAGUUUUCCUGUCUUGGAACAAAAAGAUGAAUUGAGUGGGGUUUGGGCAGCUCCAGACAUCCUCACACUCCUCAUCUCCCUCAGAUCCAGAUGUUGCCAAGGAAACCCAGAGGGCCUAGCUUUCUGGAGUGAAGUGACAGAAAUGGAGAAACAGCAGGUCCUCUAGCAAGGAGAGACAGGCCCCGGUGCUGAAAGUUCACUGUCCUGAUUUGACAGUCCCUGGACGGUUUUGAAGUAUCACUGUGUUGAAGAGUGCUUUGGUGCUUGGUGGGAGGACAGGGGGAUGGGGAGGAAAACACAAGGUUAAAUCCCCCUCAAGGUUUAAACAGACUCUCAGUGCAUUAGUUUGAACCAUAUAAAACUGUCCAUUUUCAAUAGUUUCUGACUUAAAAAUGGUGUGUUCAUAUGUGCCAAUGUAAUAGAAGAAUACAGACAGAAGGCACCUCAAAAUGCCUUUACUUCUAACCAAAUAAUUUAAAAGUCUAGCUGGAUAGGUGUGUAAGCACUAUGCUUCAGGAAUCUGAGAAAAGAGAAAAGUAGUUUUACUAAUUAAAAUUCUAAUUAAUUUGGAAAUGGUCCAAAGCUAAAUUGUGAUUGACAGAGGACACUCCUGACGGGUAAGUUAGCACACGUGACCCCGUAUCUCUUUCCAUUCCUGAAGACCAAGACCUAUUCCCAGACCCACAGCUGCAGGGGCCAAGUAAGAACAGCUCUUAACUGCUCUGUAGGGCAUUGUUCUAGUGCUUUAUAGUUAAACUCAUUUGAUCAUCACCUCAUGCCUGGGGGCAGAAAGUUAUCCCAGUUCUGCACAAGGCAAAAUGGAGGUCCAGAAUGAGUCACUUGCCCUGGGUCUGGGCCCAGGCUGUGAGCUCUAGGUUUGUAUUUACGUCCACUAGGCCCUACUGCUCAGGGUGAAUGCAUCUGGUCUCUGGCCAGCGCUUGGUCACUCCAGUCCCCUGUCAUUGAAUUACUGCCUGUGAUGCUUUGCUUUUGCCUCAUUACUUUGUGAGACUUGACUAUACCUUUGGAUUACCAGAGAUGAGGCCUUACACCCAGAGAGGGACUUGUUUUGGGAGUUUGGGUUUCACUUAGCAAGAGAUAAGAACUGGACUAUAAAAAGCUGAGAACUGGCUCUGUGCCAAGGCCUGUGCUAGCUAGAAAACUGCAGUCUUGGUCCAUAAUCAAUUGUGUGACCUCAGGCUAGUCAUUUUUUACAUGUCAUUGUCAUCUGUAAAAUGGGGGUAAUGUGGGUGGUGCCUGUGACUCAGUGAGUAGGGCGCUGGCCCCAUAUACCAAGGGUGACAGGUUUGAACCCAGCCCUGGCCAAACUGCAGCAAAAAUAUAGCCAGGCCUUGUGAUGGGCGCCUGUAGUCCCAGCUACUCGGGAGGCUGAGGCAAGAGAAUCACCUAAGCCCAAGAGCUGGAGGUUGCUGUGAGCUAUGAGGCCAUAGCACUCUACUGAGGGUGACAAAGUGAGAUUCUUUCUCUUAAAAAAAAAAAAAAAAUGGGGGUAAAGACACUAUCAGUGCUCUGAGGCUCAAAUGAGCUAACGGUUAUGAACAUGCCUUAAAACCCGUAGUGUUGUAUCAUGCCAGGGUUUGUUAGCAUCCCCAUGGAGUUCAAAUAUUCCCAGCACAGGAAUGAAGCUUCCUUGGGGUCCGUGUCUAUAAUGGUACUGUCACUUUACUUUAUUCUCUUUCAGAUUUGAAAAGAACUAUUAAUCUCAUCACUGGUUCAAAACAAAAAAGAGGAAUAUGACAUUGAAUCUCUAAAAGGUUCAUGGUUUUUGUUCAAGGAAGUAAAACUGAAAAUCUUUUCCAUUAGCUGGGUUUGUAAUUUUACAUGACAUAAAAUUUUGGUGAUAUAGAAGAGCUGAUUUCAGAAUUACCCUUAUAGGUAAGCUUCAAGCCCCACACUGAUCUUGUACAUAUCACAUCUAACAUAACCUGUGACUUACUAUGCUAUGGUUCAUUGUGCAUCGGCCCCCAUGUGAAUGCAGAUUCCCCAAGGAGGAUACUUACCACACAGUAAGCAUGUCCGGUGGUGUCUGUGGGGCACCACUCUAUCCUCAGUGUCUAAAGCAGUGCCUGGCACAUAGCAGGCCUUCAUAAUUUGCUGAAAGAAGGAAUCUGUGCCAUUUCCCUCCCUUUGCUCACAGAGUUCGGAAUUCUUUCUGCAUUUCUCUGCCUACAAUAUCCUUUAGUCCCUUCUCCAAUGCAGAAUGAUGGCUAUAAAAUACUCACUGGACACAGUCCAAGGGUAGGAAGGGGAUAGGGGCAAUGGGGAAGUAAGGCAGGGGGUAAGGACGUGGAUCUCUUUGGCUUUGUAGGGCAUGAGAAUGAAGGCUUAUAGGACAGCACCUGUGUGGCUGGCUGUCGCCCCUCUGUGGUCUUGCAUGGUCUUGCUUUUGAGCCCACUUCCCCUUCUGGCUCAGCCACCUUAAAACAGACACUACCUCAUUUUCUCCUUUUAUGUCAUCAAUGGGCUCGACACAGGGCCAGGCCCAGAAGUGACUACUAUGUAAGGAGGGGAUGGUGGUGGUGGAUGAACACCAGGUCUCCAAAGACCUCCACUCCUACCCUGCCCCACCAACCCUAUGGUGCUAGCAAGGCAACUGAGA